AUGGCAGUCGUACACAGUGAGCGUGUUCAGUAUAGUUCUGAUGACUUUGGCAACCCUCUGUAUGCCAGAGUAUGUUGGGGACCCGAAACUCAGGUUCCAAAGCCAAUUGUAAUCGUCCUUCAUGCUGGUGGCUUGGUCAUCGGCAACGAUGCCAUGAUCCCUGCCUCUCAAAUCAACUACCUCGCCGCCCGCAACUUCAUCGUUGUGAUUCCAAACUACCGCUUCUGUCCUCAAGUUACUGCUCUCGAGGGAGCUAUCCCCGACACACAUGCUGCCUACGAGUUCUGUCGUUCAAGCCUUGGACCUUUCAUGCUAUCUUCGCACGCUAUCAAUAUCGAUACGUCAAGGAUUGUAGCAAUGGGCAUGUCUGCAGGCGGCAUGCUAGCCCUCCAUCUAGCAGCCCUAGGAAAACCAGCCAUAAAAGCCAUCACCGUGCUCUACCCAUCCCUCUACCUCUCCAAGCCUGAGAUUUCCGGCGCCCAUGAAUCUCACAACUUACCUCCCUACGACGCCAUCCCAGACGAAGACUUGACAGAGGACGAAUGGUCUCAACUCUGUCCUGCUGAGAGACAAGUCUCCGAAGCCGAUAUCCCCAUCUCUGGUAACGAAAUGUCUGUAAGAGGCAAAUACAUGAUUCAACUUCUCAAGCGAGGAAGCUGGAGUACCGCCAUCUCUUCCAACGCUGCAGACAUUCCAGUCGUGGAUCCUUGUACAAAGUUUCCAGAUGCAGGAACUGAUUGGCCACCAACUUUCUUCCUCCAAGGCGCCGAUGAUGUACUGCCAGGCUCCAGACCAAAUCUCGUAAACAAAGCUGUGGAAGACUUGAAGCAAGCAGGAGUGGAGGAAGUAGGAUUUGAGAUUGUAGAGGGAGCAGGUCAUUUGUUUGAUGCAGUGCCUGGACUUGGAGAGAGUGAUUUUGGAGCUCAUUGGGAGGCUGUGAAGAGGGGACUUGAUUUUUUGGUAGAGAGGGUUUGA